ACUCCGCUGAAUAGAUGCACGCGAAAGAGACAAGUGCCAUAUUACAUCACUGUCUUGUGGAGAGCGCAACCUUACGUGCGCUUUGGAUGAUGCUCUGGAAACUGAACAUUUUAAACCGUGCACAAGGAAAAUUACAAAGUAAUGCCAAUGGAGAAGUUCUACAACCACAACCAAAUUCAUUCCUCUGGCGAUGCAAGGAAUAAUACAGGUGGCGGAACCAGCGCCCGUGCGCUUACCGGGUGCGUCCUCUUCAUUUUGAUUGUUUCCACGCUUUUGGGGAACACACUCGUGUGUGCUGCGGUCAUAAAAUUUCGACACCUGAGGUCUAAAGUGACCAACUCAUUUGUCAUCUCCCUUGCGGUGUCUGACCUGUUCGUGGCCGUCCUGGUAAUGCCUUGGAAGGCGGUGUCGGAAGUGGCAGGCUACUGGCUUUUUGGUGCCUUCUGUGACACCUGGAUAGCUUUCGACAUCAUGUGCUCCACCGCCUCCAUCCUCAACCUUUGUAUCAUCAGUAUGGACAGAUACUGGGCAAUCUCCAGUCCAUUCAGAUACGAGCGUAAAAUGACCCAAAGAUUCGCUUUCGUGAUGAUUGGGGUGGCCUGGACGCUGUCUAUUUUGAUUUCAUUCAUUCCAGUUCAAUUGAACUGGCACAAGGCAGAGGCAGAAAACUCAAUGCUGGACAACCGAGAUAAGAUGGAAGAGUGCAACGCAAGCCUGAACAGGACGUAUGCUAUAUCUUCUUCACUAAUAAGUUUUUACAUCCCCGUGGUGAUCAUGGUGGGAACGUACACACGCAUUUACAGAAUUGCGCAGACCCAGAUUCGACGGAUAUCUUCUUUGGAGAGGGCGGUGGAACACGCGCAGAACCAGCAACACACUAAUGACGAAAACUCAUUAAAAACGUCGUUCAAAAAAGAAACCAAAGUUUUAAAAACACUUUCUAUCAUAAUGGGAGUGUUUGUGUUUUGUUGGUUGCCGUUUUUUGUUCUGAAUUGCAUGGUACCUUUCUGUGAUAAGAACAAACUUGGGGACCCGCUGUGCGUUAGCAACACCACCUUUAACAUUUUCGUGUGGUUCGGGUGGGCCAAUUCGUCUUUGAACCCAGUGAUUUACGCAUUCAAUGCUGAUUUCAGGAAAGCGUUUUCGACGAUUCUUGGUUGUAAUAGAUAUUGUUCUACGUCUACGGUCGAGGCUGUUGACUUCAGCAACGAGUUAGUAUCGUACCACCAUGAUACCACGCUCCAGAAAGACCCAACCGUCACCACGGCUCAGCGCCCCAUCAUUGUCGCUCACAAUGGGGAGGAUUUGGACAUGCCCUUCGACAAAGUCUCAGUCCUCUCCGGUGUUUCACGGAACCAAAGAAACCUUCACCUCCCUGCCAUACUUCAAUUCGAGUGUGAAGCAGAGAUAUCCUUAGAUAUGAUGCCCUUCACGUCCAGUCACAACGACGGCUAUGCUAUCCCAGGUCAAACUGAAGAUGUGUGCAAUUAAGCAGGGCCAUGGCAUUGGCGUACACGUGUAAUGGUUUCUUGUAGACACUCCCGACUAAAUAAAAAGGUAACAUGUGUCAUACUGUAUUAUUUAUUUUGUAUCUUGGCACCUAUUGUAUAGACUAUACAUUUGUAUUUCAUAAAUGUGCUUCUAAGCAUUCCUAGAAAAGCCAUCUACUUUGCAAGCACAGUAUUUGUAGAAUUACAGUAUUAGUCAAAGGACAAAGAAAAUGAGUAU